GAGAGACUGACGGUUAAGUUCAUUUACUAAACUGAGUUAACGAGGAUAGAAGGAGGUGUGGAAGGAGUUAAGUCUUUAAAUAAAGGAUAAUGACAUACGAAGAAAAGCAAAAUGGUUUUGUACCGACUUCAUCUAAUGGUUUUCUUCCGAUCAACAACUCCUCUGAAAGAGCGAAGUUGGAUGACAAAAGCUAUGAACAUUAUGAAGAAACACCUCUUCAUAUUGCCAUACUGACGUACCUUUGUUAUGCAGUUUUGACAAUAUUUGGCCAUUUACGAGACUUCAUGCGUAGAAAUGGACUUGGAGAAAGUCAUUCAGCUGUGGAAAAGAAUAGAGAUGGAUAUGUUCCACUUUACCACAGUUUUGAAAGCUUCUAUACAAGAAAUGUUUACAGACGUAUAUGUGACUGUUGGAAUCAGCCCAUAAGCAGUGUUCCUGGAGCUUAUAUUGAUGUGAAACAACGUGUUUCUAUAGACAGAAAUUGGCACUUUAAAAUGACAGGAGAAUCUAUUAGAGCCCUUAACAUGGGCUCUUAUAAUUACUUGGGGUUUGCGCAAACUGACGGUCCGUGUGCUGAUGCUGUGGAGAAGAGUAUUUAUGAAUAUGGAGUUGGAGUGGGGAGCACAUGUCAUGAACUAGGUACGUUAGACAUUCAGAUUGAGCUCCAAUCUUUGGUAGCUGAGUUCCUCGGUGUAGAAGACUCUAUUGUGUUUGGAAUGGGUUUUGCCACUAAUUCAACCAAUAUCCCCACUCUUGUUCAGAAAGGAUGUCUUAUUCUUAGUGAUGAACUUAACCAUGCCUCUCUGAUAUUAGGAUGUCGGCUAUCUGGGGCUGUUGUCCAAGUUUUCAAGCAUAAUGAUACAAAGGAUUUAGAACAGAAGCUUAGAAAAGCAAUAACCUUAGGACAACCAAGAACUCACAGGCCCUGGAAUAAAAUCAUUAUUGUUGUAGAAGGAGUAUACAGUAUGGAAGGUUUAAAGCUUAUAUAUGUUUGUAAAUUGAUUGAUCACCUAAGAAUCCAUUCCCAUAGUGCAGUGUAUGCCAACAGUAUGUCAGCACCUGUAGCACAACAGAUUGUCAGCUGUAUGAAAAUCAUCAUGGGUAAAGACGGAACAGAUAUAGGACAGACAAAAAUUCAGCAGUUGGCAUGGAAUUCACAAUAUGUACGUAAGAACUUAAGAAAGAUGGGCUUUAUUGUUUAUGGCCAUGAUUACUCACCUGUUGUUCCUAUUCUCUUAUAUCUCCCAACAAAGAUUGUGGCCCUUGUACGUAACUUGAUGAAACGUGGGGUUGCUACUGUAGGAGUUGGUUUCCCUGCCACACCAUUGGUAGAGUCCCGAGCUAGACUCUGCAUGUCUGCUGCUCAUACCAAAGAAAUGUUAGAUGAGGCCUUGAAGGUGAUUGAUGAAGUGGGAGAUAUUAUUUGUAUAAAGCAUUCACGUUACAAGUCAUAAAACCAGUUCUUUUAUAGAAAUAAUGAGAAUAAUGAAAAAGGCUGUGACAUUCAAGAAAUUGGAUUUACUGUCUAUGUUUCAGCUUGCUAUAUUUACAUACUUGCUUCUUGUUUUGCUACAGUGAAUUAAGUCAUGACUUAUAGAUCAAUUAAACAGUUACACUGUUUAUGAUGUUUAUUUAAGUCAUUUGGAAAUGUUUAUGUUGGUUGUGUUUGUUGAUAAAUAUGAACCUUGUGCAUUAAAUGUUAUUAAAUUACAUUAUUGAUGAAAUACUAUGAUUUAAAAACAAAUGUUUGUAUAGUUGGAAAAACAAAAUGCCCCUCCAAGCACUGUAGAUACACAUUUAAAAAUUAAAAUAUUGUAAGAUUACUAUAUGAAUGUAAUACCAGCUUUAAAUAUCUUCAUCUAAGGAUUUCGUAUUGUUGUCAAUUUAUAGAAUUUAUAGCGAAGUGAAAGAUUAAAGCAUUUUCCAAAUAUCAUAGUGGUUCAUUACAUUGUUAAGACUGUCAUUUCAUACAUGUUCUUCAGUUAUGUUCAGGUAUUGUUUCAGACUAUUACAGCUGAAUGUACACCUUAAAUUUCAUUAUGUUUUUAACCUAAAAUCUAGUGUUCAGAUGAGCAAAAAUAAAAUUGUCAAUAAAAUACUUUUCUUGCAUUGUCUGUACGCUAAAGCAACAAUUAAAAAUGAACAUAUCAAACAAGAUUUAGUUUUAUUAGAUUAAUUUGUUUUCAUUUCAGCAUGUUAUGAUCAUUUGUGUGCUCAGAUAAAUUCAAAGAAAUUUACAAAAUAUUUAAAUAAAUCGUCUUUGUUUUUUUUCAUUUUUUUAAAUAGUCCAGGUACUGAAUUGUGAAUAAACUGCUGUUUUUCCUUUCA